GAAAAAUUUUGUUCAAGAAAAUGUUCGAUAAAUUUGCCUUAUUGUCUUGGCAAUGAACACGUUUGGGCUCAGUUUAUUGAUGAGAAUGGGUUGUGUGUGUGCCAGGGAGUCUGUGCAAGUCGGUAGUAGGCGGUAUUUUGUCAAAGAACGCCUUGGAGAAGGGGGAUUCAGCUACGUUGACUUGAUAGAGGACCGACACAACCACAAGUAUUACGCUCUCAAACGUAUCGCAUGUCAUUCCAAGGAAGACGAAAGACUGAGCAUGGUUGAGGUGGAAAUCAUGAAGACGUUUGAGCAGAGCAACCUUUGUCCGUGUGUGGAAUCAGCGAUAUCACCUAUCAACGAUCCUUUGAGGUCUCUCAUCAGUGAGGUUUUGAUUGUUAUGCCAUAUUAUAGGAAAGGUACGCUGCAAGAUGAAAUUGAAAUGAUGGCCAAACGACUCGAGCACAUGAGAGAGGAGAGAAUCCUUCGAUUAUUCCGUGGAAUCUGUGAAGGAUUGAAAGUUAUGCAUUCCCACAACCCACCAUAUGCCCAUAGGGAUAUAAAGCCAGCUAAUGUUCUGAUUGGAGACGGUGAUACGCCUGUGAUAAUGGACUUUGGCUCAGCAGCUAAAGCCAGAGUAGAGAUAAAGGGUGCUUCAGAGGCAAGGAGACUUCAGGAUAUAGCCGCUGAAAAAUGUACCAUGCCAUUUAGACCGCCCGAGUUGUUCAAUGUUGAAAGUUACUGUGUGAUAGAUGAGAGGGUCGAUAUCUGGUCAUUAGGGUGCACGUUAUACGCGAUGGCAUUUUUAGAAUCUCCGUUUGAACAGCCGUUUGUGCGAGGGGACAGUGUGGCAUUGGCUGUGAUGGCCGGAAAAAUCCCCUUACCAGACAAUACCAUUUAUUCCACCGAUCUUGUGAGUUUGAUUAAAUCUAUGUUGAACGUCGACAUCAAACACCGGCCGUAUCUCGAAUCGGUUAUAAAUCAGACAGAGAACCUGAUAAACAUGGCGGAGAAUCGAAUUUGAACGUUCGUAUCAGAUGGUGUGAUCGUUAAUCGUAUGCAUGGGGUGGUGUUGGGGUAGAGAAGGUCAGGAGCUUGAGAUAUUGGGGUCGACAGACACCAGAAUGUUGUGCCCUAGCAAAAUCCGACUUAGCGUCAUUCUCUUCAUAUAUUGGCCAAAGACUUUGCCAAGGGGUUGUGCUAAUUAAUUACUGAGCUAUUGACUUCAAAGGAAUUGAUCCCAGUGUUAAAAAACGAUGAUAUGCGCUGGCCUUAUUUUUGUGUGAAUGGUUAAAAUCUGUAAACGUUUCAAAUGGAGUUUUUUUAGCUUUUUUCGUUGAAACUUUGCUGCGAUUUUGCUGCAAUAUUUAUGUUAAUGCCUACCAGUGUACUUGGUGUGCAAUACUGUGUUUAUUGAUAGAUGUAACAUUCCCUUGUAAAGAUGAGGAAAAUAUAUCAGACAUUCCAUUUUACAAGUUCCGGUUAGGUUUUGAUCAAGGUGAAUAUUCGAGCUUAGCUUGUGGUGGGUGUGAGUGCUCAGAGUUAUGGUCUUCAAAGGAAUUGAUACCAGAGUGGAAGUAUUAGCUCUCUCACUAAACACGGUGAGGGUGUUGCUAAGAUGGGAACCUCGCUAAAGUUUUUGGCAAAGUUGUGCUUCACACCAACAUUGUGUGGUGGGAUGGUGGCUAAUACUAGUACAUGUAUUGUCGGAAACACAUUAUUUGAAGUCAUGUGUUUUUGAUAUUUUACACGUAUACAUGUAGGUACGUGUAGUUUAUCAAUGUGGAAAUGUUUGUCAGUUUAUUUGAAACGAAUUUGUUAUUGGACGACUGAUUCACUCUCAGAGCGGAAGUCGGUGUGGGUGUCGUUAAUGGUGUGCAUUCCCUGUAUUACAACUGAAUCACCUUGAUGAAUUAAAUGUAUUCAUUGACAUAUUUUAAAUAUUUAUUCACAGAUAUUUAUUGAAACAAUUGAGUAUUAUCGUUAAAGUUCGUAAUAACAGGUGGUCCAGGAAAAUAGAAAUGCAUUUAUGCAUAAUGCUGUAGCGCAGUUAUUAUGCAUGCAAAUUUGUUGAAACUUGGUAUUUAUAGAAUUUGUGUACCAGCCGACACAAUGGCAAUGCUAAAAUUCAUAUUUAGUAGGUAUUAACGCAUAUGGAAAUUUCUCAAAUUCAGUUUCAAUUAACGAAUGGCAUAGGCCUUUAAGAUAGUCUUACUUUUUCCCUGGGCGUGUUGGGUCCUUGUAUAUGUAUCAAUUGCUGUACAUUGAAGUGCUGAUCAGUAUCAUGUUAAAAACCCCAUUUAUGUUGCAAACAAAUAAAUAUCAAAAUAAAUCAGAUGUCUAAUGCA